CUAGCGAGCGGGACUGACGCGCCUCGCGUACGCUACAAAUGUGGUGAUCAGUGAACUAGCAUGCACCCUUGUGUGGAAGUGUGACAGUGACGCUAUGUGGAAGUUAACACUGCCCGUGCUGCUGCUGAUAGUGGCUUGCCGCGCGGAAUUCCAAGAGAGAGUAUGCAUUGGGACGAACGGACGGAUGUCGGUUCCUUCGAAUCGCGAUACGCACUACCGGAAUCUUCGAGACCGCUUUACAAACUGUACCUACGUCGACGGCAACCUCGAGCUGACAUGGCUUCAGAACGAGACCAUGGAUCUAUCCUUCCUCAAAUAUAUAAGAGAAGUGACCGGAUAUGUUCUCAUUUCACACGUAAAUGUACGUCAAAUCAUCUUGCCACAACUGCAGAUUAUUCGUGGUCGAACAUUGUUCAAACUCAACAUAAGAGAAGAACAAUUCGCUCUUUUAGUUACAAUGUCCACAGCCUUUACCCUAGAAUUGCCAGCGUUACGAGAUGUACUGCGUGGCAGUGUCGGCGUUUAUAAUAACUAUAAUCUAUGCCAUGUGAAAACCAUCAAUUGGGAUGAGAUCAUAACUGGCCCCAACGCUACCUACGUGUUUGUAUACGACUUCCAAGCGGCGGAAAGAGCAUGUCCACGAUGCCACGAAAGCUGCGAAGCUGGCUGUUGGGGAGAAGGUCCUGAAAAUUGCCAAAAAUUCUCGAAAAUUAACUGCAGCCCACAGUGCGCUCAAGGUCGUUGCUUUGGACCAAACCCUCGAGAUUGUUGCAAUACAUUUUGUGCCGGUGGUUGUACCGGUCCUUUACCCAGUCAAUGCCUCGCCUGUAGAAACUUUUACGAUGAAGGCACUUGCUCCCAAGACUGCCCUUCUAUGCAAAUAUAUAACCCGACAAAUUAUUCCUGGGAACCGAAUCCAAAUGGAAAAUAUGCGUACGGUGCUACAUGUGUACGAAAUUGUCCGGAACAUCUUUUAAAAGAUAACGGCGCAUGUGUUAGAAGUUGCCCUCCGAAUAAAACCGCAGUAAACGGAGAAUGUAUACCAUGUAAUGUAACCUGUCCAAAAACAUGCCGUUCAGAGAGACCAAUACACUCCGGAAACAUAGAAAGUUUCCGAGAUUGUACUAUUAUAGAUGGGUCAAUUGAAAUUCUGGAAAUGACAUUUACGGGAUUUCAACAUGUAAAUUCUGAUUAUUCAUUCGGUGAACGUUAUCCUAAGAUGGAACCAGACGCCCUUGAGGUAUUCAGCACUGUACGCGAGGUGACAGGGUACUUGAAUGUUCAAGCUGUCCAUCCUAAUUUUACAAGUCUUUCAUAUUUCCGCAAUUUGGAAGUUAUUGGAGGACGUCAAGUAGUAGAGAAUUUAUUCGCCUCUUUGUACAUAGUCAAGACUUCUCUUAGAUCGUUGGGAUUGAGAUCGCUUAAACGGGUGAACUCUGGUGCUAUUGCCAUAAUGGAAAAUCGUAACCUCUGCUUUGCUGAAAAGAUAGCUUGGAAUAAGCUGGUCAAAUCGAAGGAUCAUAAACAGAUCAUCCAGAAGAAUGGUGAUCAAAGAACAUGUGAAAAAGCAAAUUUAGUGUGUGAUCCUCAAUGUUCCGCGGACGGUUGCUGGGGGCCGGGACCAGAUCAGUGCCUCUCGUGUCAAAACUACAAAGUUGGCGAAACCUGUAUUCAGAACUGCAGUGUACAGCCAGGAUUAUAUCAAGCUGGUUCCAAACUGUGUAGACAGUGUCACUCGGAGUGUAUAGACGGAUGCACAGGUCCUAGCCGAGCGAAUUGCACUAGAUGCAAACAUGUCCGUGACGGACCGUAUUGCGUAGCUGAAUGCCCUGAAAGUAGAUAUCCAUCAGGAAACGGUACUUGCGAAUCUUGCCAUUACAAUUGCUUCAAUGGAUGCACUGGCCCUGCCAAUACAGUCGCCGAAGGUGGGUGUAAUUUUUGCAAGAAGGCAAUCAUUAGUGUUGAAGCAACUGUUGAAAGCUGCCUUGCAGAAAAUGAACCAUGUCCAGACGGUUAUUACAAUGAAUGGGUGGGUAACGUAAAGCCUUUAGAAGGCAAAGUAAAAGUAGUUUGUCGAAAAUGCCAUCCACUAUGCAAGAAAUGUACUGGUUUUGGUAUUCAUGAAUUAGUGUGCAAAGAAUGCAAUGGAUAUAAGAGAGGGGACCAGUGUGAGGAUGAAUGCCCCACGGACCAUUUUACUGAUGAAAAAUUCAAAACCUGCUCGCCAUGUCACCAUGAAUGUAAUGGCUGCACUGGACCGUCCUCGACUGAUUGUAUUAAAUGUCAUAAUCUAAAAGUGUUUCUUGUCGAAUCAUCUGAUAAUGUAUCAGCUUUCAACUGCACUGAUACUUGUCCUGAAAGCCUUCCACAUAAGAUUUAUUUCGAUGAAUUACAUCAAAAUCCAAUCGAAGAACCUUUUUGCUCUAAGUUAGCCAAUGGUUUACCUAAUAUGACCACAGCUAGAACACCAACAGUGUUAAUAAUAAUUUUAAUCAUAGCUUUCUUACUAUUAGUGAUUCUUGGAAUAAUAGGUUAUACUUGUAGACAAAAAGCAAAAGCAAAGAAAGAAGCGGUUAAAAUGACCAUGGUGCUAACCGGUUGUGAAGAUAACGAACCUUUACGCCCAACCAACGUAAAACCUAAUUUAGCGAAACUGAGAAUUGUAAAAGAAGCUGAACUUCGUCGAGGUGGCAUGCUUGGUUUCGGUGCAUUUGGAAAAGUGUACAAAGGUGUAUGGGUCCCAGAAGGAGAAAAUGUUAAGAUUCCAGUUGCAAUUAAAGUUUUGAAAGAAGGUACUGGAGCAAAUACCAGCAAGGAAUUUCUAGAAGAAGCUUACAUUAUGGCAAGUGUUGAACACCCUAAUUUAUUACAAUUACUAGCAGUGUGUAUGACAAAUCAAAUGAUGUUGAUAACGCAGCUUAUGCCAUUAGGUUGCUUGCUUGAUUACGUAAGAACUCAUAAGGAAAAAAUAGGAUCUAAAGCAUUUUUAAAUUGGUGUACUCAAAUUGCGCGUGGCAUGGCAUACUUAGAAGAGAAACGUUUAGUACAUCGUGAUUUAGCAGCUAGAAACGUAUUAGUACAAACUCCAAACUGUGUCAAAAUAACAGAUUUCGGUUUAGCUAAAUUAUUAGAUAUUAACGAAGAUGAAUAUAAAGCUGCCGGUGGCAAAAUGCCAAUAAAAUGGUUAGCAUUGGAAUGCAUACAACACAGGAUAUUCACACAUAAAAGUGACGUCUGGGCAUUCGGUGUAACCAUUUGGGAGAUAUUAAGUUACGGCGCACGUCCAUACGAAAACAUUUCGGCAAGGAAUGUUCCGGAGUUGAUAGAAAAUGGCUUGAAACUACCACAACCCAGUAUCUGUACAUUGGAUAUAUACUGCAUCAUGGUAUUAUGCUGGAUGCUGGAUGCAGACAGCAGACCAACAUUUAAACAACUAGCUGAUACGUUCGCUGAAAUGGCAAGAGAUCCGGGCCGAUAUCUCGUGAUACCAGGAGAUAAGUUCAUGCGUCUCCCAUCCUAUUCUACUCAGGAUGAAAAAGAAUUGAUAAGAAAUUUAUCAUCAGCAAUGGAAGGACCAGAACCACUUGUUGAGGCCGAUGAGUACUUACAGCCCAAAUUCAAGACUUUACCGGGAACAGCGACCACUUCAGUAGUAAGUGUCGGUAUCGAGACACAAACCAGUUCCCUCAAACCUUGUACGUCGUCGUCGUGGGCUAAUAAUGGAACUGGACCUGAUUGUGUCACCACAGACGGUUCUAAUAAACCAGAAAUUUGGGAUCACGAACUUUUAAGAUACAAUCACCAAAAUAACACUGAUGGUCCCGAAAUGCGGCAUUACUAUAACAACGGUGUCUGCGCCACGGACAGCUCAAGUUCGAGAUACUGUAGCGACCCUAUGAAAAUCCGCCCGGACGGUACACUAGAAGGAAACUUUGAUACAAUAUCGAAAACUAAAGAAGCUCAAGUGGGUAAUCUAAAAUUGAAUCUUCCUCUGGAUGAAGAUGACUAUUUAAUGCCAUCACCACAACACAAUCAAAACUCAUCAACAUACAUGGAUUUGAUUGGAGAGGGUGGUGAGAGUCAAGACGUGAAAGAACUCCAUUUUAGUAGCUUCGUGGGCCCAAAACGAUGUGUCGACAAUCCGGAAUAUUUAAUGUCGGAUGAAAGCGUCCCGGCUCAAACGUUAGGCAUUCCCACGGAGCCAGUUCCUCUAGAGUCUUUGUGCGUGAGUGAAGGUAGCGGAAGCGAGAGCACACCUCAGCCUGGCACGAGCAAAUACCUACCGCAGAGGUCGGUCGAAGAGGAGUCUAUGUCGGAUCACGAAUACUACAACGACUUACAACGUGAACUUCAACCCCUCCGGCGAAACGAGACUACAGUGUGAAAGUUUCUUAAUUACAGUGUGAUGAUAUUACAACGUAUAGACUGAUCUCCCCUGAAUAAUGACUGUUAUAAAAUUAAUGUGCGCAUACGCACUCUCCGUGCCAUUGGUGUGAUGGCUAGUGUUAGCUUGUUGGAUUAAUUCAACUAUGAAUUUUAUUGUAGUUAUAAACACUUAUUUUUGUUAUUUUUUUCUACUUAAUUUUGUUGUAUAAAAUCUGUUUUUUGUAAUUUGUAUAAAUAUUAUUUCAUUUUAUUAGGUGCUCGCACGAUGCUCUUAACAAUAUAUAACUUAUUUAUUAAUUUAAUUUUAAGGAAGGCUAUGUUUACGUUACUCAAGUGUGGCGUUAAGUAGCUAUGCGAGUGUUAUUUUAAUUUUAAAACUGUGAUAAUUAGUUUAAUUUUAAUAAAGAGACCAGUGAAGAUUUUGUUAUUAGUGCGUGAACAAUAUAUUAAAAGAGAGUGCUGCCAUUUGAACAUAAGUGAACCUGAUACAGGACUACUGUGAAUAAACAAAUAAGUUCUAUGAACAUUCCUAUACAAACAUAAGUUUUGUUUGAGGUUCAAUUAAAGCAUUUAUUUUGAUCAAAAUAUACAAACAAUUCCAAUAUCAUUCCUGCUUUUGUUUCAUAGUGUUACAAACUUUAUAAAACAUCGAUGUAACUAGAAUUUUUUAUUGGUAAUACUUCUCUUUUAAAUGGGCUUAGCUUGCCUUCACUCGUCUAUUAGUCUUCAAAAAGAACAAUAACAUAUGGUUAUUGUUAUCUUUAUACCAUAGAGCUUUGUCAUUAUCUCCCAAACUUAAAAGUUCCUUAAAAGAAAAAUGAAGUACAUUUCAUUGGGAGAUUUUAUGUCGUCGAACGCAAUUGUAGAACCAUACUUUGUAUAAUACUUAUAGCAAACAAUAAUGAGUGUACAUAAAAUUAUGCACUUUUUAAAGCAAACCACAAAAGACAUUAUUGUAAGUGUAUUAAUAUAGGAGCUGUCUCUAGCACAAAACCAGCUCAAGUUAUCCCAACUGAAAUGCAAAUACAUUUUAUAUACUAAGUAUGUUAUACUAAAUAGAUAAGUAUUUUAUGUUUGGACCAAACUAGAUUGCCAUGUAUUAUGUAAAUAAUAUAAAUUUAUCGCUACGCUAUUGUAUAUAAACAUAUAAAUUAUAUUAAGUAAUCUGAGAACCAUAUUUUGUAUGUACUUGCAAAUUAAAUGAGUUUCUUUAAUAUAUCAUCCGCGUUAUAAAAGCUCUAAAUUAUAUUGUGCCAUUACAUAUAAUGAAAUAGAUAUAAAUUUACAAAUAAUUAUAGCUACAAAUUAUAUACGUGAUUUGUAAUGUUUAUGCAUGACUAGAAAUUAAAGUUAUUGUUCACUAAACAAAUUUUGGGAAUGUAUAAACAUGUGCAGUUUGUGUGGUAACAGCAUUUCACUCAAUAUAAAUGUAUAGUACGCUUUACAUGGCUAACAUAUUGUUUUGUGUGUAGAUAAACCAACGCGUCGCAGUGAAUAUGAUUUAUGUAGGUACCUACUUGUACCUUGAUAAAUGAAUUUUAAAUAAAAUAUUACUC